CGGGCAGCGGCGGACGCGCUCUUCACGUGGACGCAGCGCUGCCUUAUGGAGACGCCCACGCGCUGCACGCCGCUGCUCUGCGCCGACCUCAACGACGGGCUGGGCAUGGUCAAGCACGAAGCGGGGGUCUUCUCGCCGCUUUCUGAGGCUAUCGGGCUGGUCGAGCCCGCGCUGGAGCACGAGUCGGGCACGGCGUGGAGGCAGCUCUGCGAGGAGUGGGGGUUCGCCACGGUCAACACCUUUUUCGAGGGCUAUACCUUCUCGGGCCCGACGGGGGCCAGGUCGAGGCCCGACGUGAUCGCGUUGCCCCGCGAGCUCGUGCCGAGCGCCGAGGACUGCAAGCCGCUCUACACGAUCGGCGACAGGCUGCAGGCCAUUCGAGCCCGCGGCAGGAGGGGCCGCACACCGCUGGGGGUCUCUGUGCGGAUCACGCCUGUGCAACCUGAGAUUAUUCCCAGGGCUGCGCGGGCGCAGUGGGACAUGGACGCUUGCAUGCUGGCUCUGAAGCGGCAUCAGGGCAAGCUGGAGUUCUUGACGGAGCUGGAGUACAAGUGCGAGGACAUGGUUCGUCCUCCCUUGGAUGAGGAGCAGGACCCCGACGAGGCCUGGGACGAGCUGGCGGAGGUGGUGCGCGAGACGGGCCUGGCGCACUUCGGCCUCAAGGAGCGCGACGCUAGGGAGAUGGAGGAGGCGACGGACCAGCGCAAGAAGCUGCUGCAGGAGCGGGCUGACAUCCGCCGUCGGCACGUGAUCGACGGCGAGAUGGGGGCUUCGACGGACGUCGAGCUGGGGAGGUGUGUGCAGGAGCUCAAGGACGCCACGCGCCGUCCGCGCGCGCUGCAGCGGCAGCGGCGCAGGCGGCUCCGCGCGGCGCGCUGCGAGGCGCUAGCGGAGGCGGAGCGCGCGGGCGACGCGGCCACGGUCUGGAGGCUGGCCCACUUGCUGGGCGAGCGGGGGCUGGGCGCGCGCCGUCGAGUGCACUGCGCCCCCCGCCUGGAGCGCGCGGCGGCGGCGCGGCGCAAGCUCCUCAAGAGCCCUGGGCGGCUGGGGGGCUACGCUGCGACGGAGCUGGACGCGCGGCCGUAUCUCGAGCAGCUGCGGCCCCCGCCGGCACGAUGUUGCUCGGUGCUGGACGCCGAGGAGGCGGCGCUGGAGGACCUGGGGGAGCUGGAGGAGCGCAUGCGGCGGAGGACGCAGCCUCGGCGGGCGGCGCCACCGCGGUCGGCGCCCGUGCCAGCGUGGAGGAUGCGCUCGGCGCCGCCGAUUGCAGCCAGGCAUGGCGAUGGGCGUCGGCUACAGGGCGGAGCCCCCGAGCAUGAAGGCCUUAGGGAGCGGAUGCUGCACUGCUUGGCCCUCGCUCGCGUUUUCAAGACGGCGCCCCCGGCGUGGUCCAGGUCCAGGGCGGCGGACAUCGGCAGGAUCAUCCACGUGAUGCGCCCCGCCGGCAAGGGCUACGCCUCUGCGUUGGCGGCGAGGGCCCAGAAGGCGAAGGCGGCGCCGAAUGACUUCGGCUUCGCCCCGAGGCGCUCGCGGGAUGGGGCUUUGGCGGUCACGUCGGCGGUGGCCGAGCGGGCCGCGCACUACGGCCUCACGGCGCUCACGAGCUUCAAGGACCUCAGCAAGGCGUUCCAGUGCCCGUCGGUGCGUGACAUGGCGCAGGGCUUGGAGAGCAUGGCGCGCGCCGAGGACCACCCCAUUGUUGCGCGGAGGGUCUUCGACUACCACUGCGAGGUGGAGACGGCCGAGGGGGUGCUGCGCAUGAAGACCAACCAGUGCGUGCUCAUCGGCGACUCGAUUGGCCCCCCGCUCUUCCUCUGGGUUUUCACGCCAGUGGCGACUGAGUGGGCCAUUGCGGACUCCGAUCGCCCCGACGCGCAGCUGCUUGAGGCGAAGUCUGUCGUUGCGGGCACCGUUCUGGACCUCAGCCUCGCGAAGUUCGCGGGCGACCUCUGCAGCGCCUCGGACGAGCUGUUGGACAGGCUGCUGGAGCCGCGCGGUUCCCAGCAGAACAUUCCCAAUCAGUACGCCAUGUGCGCCUUCCGUGGCGAGGGGGCCAGGGCCAAGACGCGAGCCUUCUUCGCGGGUAGGCUCGGCGCGCGCUGCAACUGCUCGGCGGUCGCUCGCAACCUUGGCCCGAUGCUGCGCUACCAGGGCGGGCUCGCGACGGAGAUCAGGGAGCGCUACCAGCGCAGGACCAUGCCCGCCCAGGUCGUUCGUCAGCUGCUGCAGAUGGCGGACAUCGAGACCGAGCUGCGCGCGGCGAGGCCCAGGUUCGUGAAGUGCACGACGCGCCACCCCGCGGAUCACGAGGUGGAGCUCACGGCCUUGUUCGGCCAGCUGCCCUUCGUGCUGCAGCCCGUGCUGGAGGAGGGCGGCCGCCUUGGCGAGGGUGCUUCGGCGCUCGCGAGGCUGCUGGUGGACGACGCGAAGCUGCUCUUGCGCGCGUCGGAGCGCGAGGACUUGCUGGAGGCGUGGGACUCGCGCCCCCUCUUGCUGCUGGAGGGGGCCUUGCGGGAUGAAGUCAUUCAACUCGACCUUCGAGUGCUUCGGGUUCGCGGAUGGGCGGCCCAGUGCCCACCGUCGCGCGAGGUACCCGUGGCCGUGCGUCAUCGCUGGUGGACCUUGCACGGCGACCACUUCAGGCCAGCACGGGAGCCGCCUGGCCUCAUCGAUAUCGGGGACUUCGAGUUCGCGUGCCAGGAGCCCUGCGCUGAGGGCUCGCGCGGGGCCGCCUUCUGUUCGGAGCGAGCCUUGCUGUGGCACAAAAUCAGUUUUCACAAGUAUCGAGCG